CAGUCUUUUCAGGGGGCUAGUGGUGCGAGCGGUCGUGCAAGGAUAAGUUUUCGCUGCCGAGAGCAUCUGUGUACCACGGCCGCACGCCGUCGACGCCAAAAUGCCGCCACCCAUGCUCCUCAACGACGGCACGGAGAUGCCGCAGAUCGCCUAUGGGCUGUACCAAGUCAAAAAGGACGAAGCCACGCGCUGCGUCGCCGACGCGAUCAAAGCCGGCUACGCCCAUUUCGACGGCGCGGCCUUCUACGACAACGAACGGGAGGCCGGCCGAUCACUCACGGAGGAGUGCUGGUACACGACGAAGGUCUGGACCACCGAUUCAACUUUUGAGGACGCCGUCGCGUCCGUGAAGAGGUCUCGAAGUGAACUAGGCCGCGACCUGGAUUUGGCACUGGUGCACUGGCCAGUCCCUGGAAAACAUGUGGACAUGUAUCGGGCGUUAGUUCAUUGCAAAGAAGAAUUGAAAAUAGUGAAGCGUAUCGGUUUAUCGAACUACACGGAAGAUGACUACGAGGAGUUAGAAAAGUCUGGUUUAGUUAAGGUCUGUCGGCCGGUCGUCAAUCAAAUAGAAGUGAGCCCCUUCCUGUAUCGUAAGGAAUGUGUUGAUUACUUUCAAGAGAAACAUAUUGUUGUACAAGCCUUCAAGCCGUUGCAGAGGGGGGCGGCAUUGCAGAAUGAUACUGUGAAGGCUAUCGCUCGGAAGCAUUCCGUAACAGAAGCGCAGGUCCUCAUCAAGUGGGGCCUCCAGAAGGGCUUAUGUGUUUGUGUCAAAUCAUCAAACGCGACGCGGAUGGCCGAGAACCUCAAAGAGUGGUGGGGCCUCGACAUGGACGACGUGAGUGCAUUGGACGCGCUGACGACGGAGGAGGCUUUAGCAGCGUGGCGGGCACAUUAUGAAAAACGGAGAGCGGGGACGGCCGGGCCCUGGGGGCCGGGGCCGCGGCCUAUCCUUGAGGACGUCGCGCCGCCCGCGCCGGAGCCCUCCCCCGACGCGCCUUCGCCGUCGCCCGAACCGGCCGCGGUGCCGCCCAUCGAGCCGGUGCCUGCGUACGAGGCGGCCGCCGACGCGCCGGCGCCGGAGCCCGCGGCCGUCGCCGACGCGGACACGGAGACCUGCCGCGUGGAUUCGUCCACGGUCGAGAUCCCCGCGCAAGCGCUCGAGGAGCCUGGCGAUCCCCGGCCGUCUCCGAAGCGCGCGCGCGUCGACGAGGCGCCCGCAGUCGCGGAGCCCGAGCCGGCACCCGCGCCCGCGCCGACGGCGGCGCCGGAGCUCGACGCGGCAACCGUCAAGAAGAUGACGGUGGCCAAGCUCCGAGCCGCCCUGGCCGCGCGGGGCCUCGACACGAAGGGCCUCAAGGCGGCGCUCCAGGCGCGGCUCCUGGAGGCGAUCGCAUAGCUAAGGAUG